UCUCGGAUUCCUAUCGUUCCGCGUGUACGGAACAUCGGAACAAAAUGUCGUAAUGGCGAGUGCGUCUGUUCGGUGUAUUUGAUAGGAUCGAAGUAUUACAGACCAUAAGCGUCCGUUUGAUGAUCGAACUAAUAGAUAAAUAUUUGUUCACUUUAUUUACAUUAUCCAGGUUACUUUUAUUUUCCUUAGAAAUAUAUGUAAAAAAAAAUACGGUUAUCUUAUCGAAGAUAAGGAUUAUACGUUUGUCAAGUGUAUUCUUAAACAUAGUGAUUGCUACGUCGAUGAUUCACUCGGAAGAUAUGGUGGUAAACGGAGCGACUACAAGUGCAUUAUGAGGAUUUUAAUCUUAAACAAAUGCAUUGUGCAUUUUGCAUCAUGAUAAUAGCACCGACGUUGCAUUUUAAUUGAAAUUUUUUCCUAAAUACACGAGUAUUUUAUCCGAUUAAUUAUUCAUAAUUAAAAGUUAGUACAAGGUGAUAUGAUAUUAAAAAAGCUUAUGCCAAAAGUAAGAUUAUCAUUUUCUUAAAUAAUGAAAUUAACGCGAUGAAGGUAACUGUGUGUUUUGAAAACGUUAGAGUGGUAGUCCCAUGUGGAAAUGGGACACUGCUUGUCAAAGACUUGAUGCAUGAAGCCAUAUUAAGAUAUAAAAAGGCAACUGGAAAAAAUGACACUGGUAUAACCAUUAAUAGUUUGUCGACAUUGACUGGUGGUGGAUUACUUGAUCCUGAUGAUAGGUUAUGCGAUGUUGCUGAUGAUAGAGAACAAAUUGUUGCACAUUUUACAAGCAAUGAUGUCCUACAUGCUGGUGGUGAUGGAGCAAGCUCGGUCGGUACCAACAGUCCAGACUUUUUUCAUUCUGAUGGGAAAGAUCAAGGUUAUAUGAUUGACACUCAUAUAUCCAUAUCGAACAGUAGUAUCAAAAGAGAAGGAGCCAAACGAUUGUCUAUGCAUGCACUUUCUAACAGAGAACCUACUUUAACUACGUACUCCGCUCAAUCUUUACCUCGAGAAUCUCGACGCAGAGAACCUUUAGGACAAGAUGCCAAAGCUUGUUACGAUUUUGCAAGUGCCAAUAUUGAUCCGUUGGAUCAAGGAGAGAUUCGUGAAAUUGUGAUUAAGAAUGAGGCUGGCCCGUUAGGAUUACAUGUCGUUCCAUGUUAUGAUCUUUUGGGUAAUGAUCAAGGUCUCAGAGUGGAAGGUAUUGAACCUAAUGGACGUAUAGCUCGUGAUGGUCAGAUAGAUCUACAUGAUAAGAUAAUUAAAAUAAAUAGGCAUAAUCUGUUACACAUACCAUUUUCCAAAGUUCAAGAUAUCUUUAGAACUUGUAUGACUGAAAAAUGUUUAAAGAUAUCUGUUGUUAAGCAUAAAAAAUCUCACAAUGAUAAAUCUAUUAGGAAAAAUCAUUCUAAUGCUAAUGAAAGCGCGGACAAAUCUGAGAAUGAAGAGAAUGUCAAGAGAUUGCAAUGCAGCAAUUACAAUAUAUUACAAACAGCGAAUACCAGGAAGAUUGGUCGUAUGAUAGAAAUAGAAUUAACUAAAGGAAAUAAUGGAUUGGGCUUUAGUGUUACAACACGAGAUAAUCCUGCAGGAGGGCAUUGUCCAAUUUAUAUUAAAAAUAUUUUGUCUAUGGGUGCUGCCGUCGAGGAUGGUAGAUUAAGGCCUGGUGAUAGAUUGCUUGAAGUUAACAAAAAGGAAAUGACUGGUAAAAGUCAAGCUGAAGUUGUUUCCUUGCUGAGAAGUAUUCCAGCUGGUGGUAAAGUUCGAUUGGUGGUUUCACGUCAAGAAGAAGUCUCCUCGAGUUCCUUGGAUUCACAUUGUCAAACAUCUCCUGUUAAUCAACCGUUAGAAGUAUUAGAGGGUUCCAAAUAUUGGAACGCAUUGGAUAGAUCUCCGACGAAUAAGAAUAAUGAUUUUCAAGAGAAAUUAAAUGUACACGAUUAUGAAAAGUGUACGUUCAAAGCUGUCAAACCUUCAGAGGAUAUCGUAUUAUCUCCUCGUAAAAAUCGUAUGAUAUUAACAUUAGACAUUCCAGUACACGAUUCGGAAAAAGCUGGCUUGGGUGUCAGUGUUAAAGGUAAAACAAGUAGUACAGACGAUAAUACUAAUAUGGAUUUAGGAAUUUUUAUCAAAAGUGUACUUCACGGCGGUGCAGCUUCUAGAGAUGGUCGUUUACGUACCAAUGAUCAAUUACUUAACGUUAACGGCGUAUCACUUUUAGGAUUGUCAAAUUCUGAUGCAAUGGAAACAUUAAGAAGAGCAAUGCUUAAUACAAAUAGUUCAGUCACCGGUGUUAUUACUCUUACAAUUGCUAGGCGUUUGUCGUCGUACGAUACUAACGAUAAAAAUAUCAUCGAUAAUAUGUCUUCUCAUUGUAAAAUAGAAUCUCCUAAUUCCAUAUACAUUUCGGAUUCCACUAAAGUCAAUGACGGUAGAGUUAAAGAAAAAAACAAUUUAAAUUCACAAUCGGAAACACUCGAUAAUGCAGGAUUAUUAUCUUGUGUAACAGCUUCUCCAUGGAACCCGGUUAUUGAUAGAUUAACAGAACAAUAUAAUAAAAAUAGUUUAAGAAACGAGAGUUAUUGUAUCGCGACUAAUAAAACGUGGAUAGAACCGGUUACUGUGAGCAAUGUUAAAAAAAUAACUAUAGGACCAAGAGAAGAUCGGGUAGAGACUGUAUUGUUAGAGGAGUCUAAUAACGAAUGUUCUCAGCCAGCAGAAACUAAGAAAAAUGUGGAUGACAAAGAUAGUCAGUAUUCUGGCGAUCCAACUUACGAUAGUCAAUUAUCUUUAGAAGAAUUUAAUUCUUCGUCUAAUAAAUUUUCACGUGAUGCUUUGGGUAGACAAAGUAUGUCGGAGAAGAGGCAUGCUGCCCUUGACGCUAAAAAUACAGAUACUUACAAAAGAAAUAAAAAAUUACGAGAAGGUAGAGAAAAUAAAAAUGUAGAACAACCAAACAAUCAAUCAGGAGAUGUGGAAGAUGGUUCUAGAAAAGAAUGUAAAACUGAUAAUUAUGAUAAAAGCGGUAUUAAAAUAACGGUAACUGAAAGUACCUCAUGUGAUAGUAAUAUGAAACCUUACGAUAAAAAGUCGGUAGAUCCGACUCAAUCGGAAUACGUUUAUACUAUUCCCGGAUGUAAUAAUAAGUAUACUUCACCAAGAAAGCAUUGGCUUGUUGAUGAUGUUCAUGGAGAUAUAUCCAGUACUAAUCAUUUCAAAGAUGAACACGAAGGAUUUUCUAAUACUCGCGGGGAUGUCAAACAAGCGUCACUUAAUUCAGCUUUAGAUGAUAGAUACAAACGUUCUAGAAAGAAAGGUGGAAUUCGUUCAAUGUUAAGACUUGGAAAAAAUAGAAAGUCGCUUAAUUUUGGUGAUAAUAUCGAAGGUCGUCAUGAAAGCACAUUUCAGAUUUCAUUACCGAAUCAACUUUUCCUACAGCAAAAGCGUUUUAAAGCGAAAAUUAAUUUAAAAAAACCUAGACCAACGCAUUAUGUCAAAGCGUUACAUCAAACAUUUCUCACGCCGUUUUAUCCAAACUAUAAGGAAGGCAAAACGUUGAUAGAUUUAUGCACCAAAGCUAAAAAAACUUCUACAGAAACACACAAUCCGUACCACGAAAUUUUGGCACGAGAGGCUUUAAAUUGGUUCGAUAAUUCUAAGAUGAUAGCUUUCCUUCAUAAAAAUUCAAUGAAACAAGAAGACGUGUUUGAUUUAGCUGUACUAUUGAAAAGAAAAAAUAUGUAUUUGAAAUGUUAUCCAUCUUCUGUUUUAAACUUGGCUUUAAAAGGUACGACGUAUGAAGCUGUAGAGAUGUUAUUUUCUGCACCAUUUUAUAUAGUAUUCAGUCCAGAAAAAAAUGUAAUAGAUCUUGAAAAAAUUGUUAAAAAGACCCCACAAGUUAUUCUAAUGGCUGGAAUAUUAGAGGGAAAGCUUUUGAAUCUUAAUGAAUUUAAACGUUACGGUGAAAUGGAUCUUAUUUCUGCGCAAGUAUCUUUAGUUCAAGUAUUGCAAAAUGCGGGUGGUAAUAAUUUAAACCAACAACUCAUUCAUUAUCCAUCAAAGUUGGUUAGUCAAUUGCGGCAAAUUGGUACAAGUGAUGUGCCUUCUCAAGAAAGUUAAUUAGUAAUCUGUUAGGUCAGAUUUAUAAUCAUUUAAAUUUAUAAUUUAUUAUACGUGUUAGAUUUGUAAGUAAAGCUUUAAAUAAGAGCUAUGGUUGAUCAACGAGUAUCUUGUAAUAAUAUUAAUAAUAAAAAGAAAAUAUCAGUACAAUAAUGAUUUACAAAAUA